AACAACUCAUUAAAAUCAACAAUGAGCUAAAAACAAAUUAAAACACAUGAAACUACUAAAUGUCUGGAUCGGUUUGCCUAAAUAAGAAAAUGUUAAGUAAGCCCCGGAAAGAGUAUAGUGAAGACAACUGCCAGGUAUCUUAAAUAAAUAAAUUAUUGCUUAUAGAGAAAAAUACAAAGCUUAAUAUCUUUCCCCUUUUUUAACUAAACUAAGACUUCUAUUUAGAUUAUAAUAAAAACACAAAAAGGGGAGGAGAUAAAGAAAAAGAAGAAAAGAAUAGGAAACGGGUUAAAAGAGAGAGAAAGAGGAAUUAAAGACACCUGCCAGAUAUCAAUAGGCAGAGAGUUGUAAAGUGUAGUUGAUGCCACACUAAAAAAUCAGUUUGAAAUGAUGUACAUGGGGAUUGUGUGUUCAUGUCGGAUCACAUAUAGGGGGAACAUGGGGGUUGCAUUUGUUCCUGAUUUGGCUGGUGGCAGAGAUCUGUUCAGUCUGAAAAUACUUUUGUUUUCUAGACCUCGCCCAGGUGAUUAAGAAGCCUCCGGACAACACUUCCUGAAGAGACUGAAUGUGACGAGGGGAAUUAGAUAUUCGGAAAUGUAAGUAGGCUCUCUUAGCAGCUCUGUGCUCUGGUUCUAACAAUAUCCAUUUGGAACAGUCCUACCAUUGGGCAGAGUGCGGAAAUUGCCUUAGGCGGCAGGUGCCGGGGAGCAGCCACGGCAGCCUCCCUGCCAUUCCCCAGUUGCUGCGUGAGAGGCAUACAUAUUAUGCAUCCCCUACACUAAUCUGCUGCCCUCAGAUUCAGCUGCUUAGUCCAACUGGCUUUUGCCAAACUCCCUCAGACAACCAAAUACCAUGAGCCAGGCCUGCUUUAGUUCAGAACAGUUCUAGGGAAUUCCUUCCUCCCCAGCCAUGGCAGUGUUUAUUUUCAAAAGACAGACCUACCUUCAACGGUUUAAGUACAGUCAUACCGCGUGUUGCGUUUGCUUCAGGUUGAGCAUUCUCAGGUUGCGUCCCGCUGCGACCCGGAAGUACCGGAAAGGGUUACUUCUGGGUUUCGCUGCUUGCACAUGCACAGACGCUCAAAAUGAUGUCAUGCACAGAAGCGGCGAAUCGUGACCCGUGCAGACGUGGGUUGCGUUCUGCUCAGGUUGCGAACAGGGCUCUGGAAUGGAUCCUGUUCACAACCAGAGGUACCACUGUACAGUAAUACCUCUGGUUAUGUACCGUCCUCCUUGUGAAUGCUUCGGGUAACAAGCUCCGCUAACCUGGAAGUAGGUGCACCUGGAGGCGAACUUUUCCCCGGGAUGCAAGUGGAAGUUGUGUGGCAGCAGCGUGGCGACAGCGGGAGGCCCCAUUAGCGAAAGCGCGCCUCAGAUUAAGAACAGUUUCAUGUUAAGAACGGACCUUCGGAACAAAUUAAGUUUGCAACCAGAGGUACCACUAGUUACACGGGUUACAUACAUUUCAGGUUACAUAUGCUUCAGGUCACAGACUCCGCUAACCCAGAAAUAGUGCUUCAGGUUAAGAACUUUGCUUCAGGAUCAGAACAGAAAUUGUGCUCCGGCAGCGCAGCGGCAGCAGGAGGCCCCAUAGGCUAAAGUGGUGCUUCAGGUUAAGAACAGUUUCAGGUUAAGAACGGACCCCCGGAAUGAAUUAAGUACUUAACCUGAGGUACCACUGUACUGGGAGCCAAUGCAGGUCUCUCAGGGCCGGUGUUAUAUGGUCUCGCCGGUCACUCCCAGUCACCAGUCUAGCUGCUGCAUUCUGGAUUAAUUGGAGUUUCCAGGUCACUUUCAAAGGUAGCCCCACGUAGAGUGUGUUGCAGUAGUCCACUCUGGCGAGAUAGUCUGCAGGCAGGAAUGGUCUCAGUCUGUGUACUGGAUGGAGCUGGUGGUCCAACAUCUUAUGAAGGGCCACCGGUUCCCCAUCCUAGAGGGCUAAGGUAGACUAAGCUCAGUAAAAUAAGGUGGCGUCACAAGCCCCGUUCCUCAGCUUUCCCCCACUCUGUUCAAGGUUGGGAAGACUGCGGGCCCUCCUUUCAAGUAGGAACACCAAUGCUGCUCCAGCGGAGGAGGAAAGUGUAAGUGCUCCCGAGAGAGAUCCUGAUGUUUCCUUGGAGACCCUUCCCAAGGGCAGGCCAUGCACGGCCUACCACAGGAUGCAAGCUGUGGGCCCUGAAUCCAAGGAUCAGAAGAAAGGGCCUUCCAAAUCCUGGAGGUUUCGCCUUUGCAGAGCACACAGGGAUGUUUCGGUAGGGGAUGGGGGAAACAGAAGACUGCUCUGGGACUGCUGUGGGAACUGCAAGACCAGCCCCCAAAGCUUUAAACCACUACAGGAGAAGCAAGACCCAGUAAUGGAGAAGAAGCAACCCAACGUUGAUCGGCUCGAUGUCCGUGCCCUGACAACCCACAACUCACUAGUACUUGUGAGCACCACCCCAGAGAGCACAAGUACAAUUGGGGGUACUAUAGGUAAGGAGGUGCCGGGGGGGGUUAAAGUGGGUUGUUCAGACAAAAGCCAAGAAUCUGGUGAAUUGGGUCAGUCACAAAGACUGAGGCAGAGGGGUGGGGCCUGGUUGCAAGGGGUUUUUCCAUUGCAAUGAUGGCACCAAAUGGUCCUGUUCAAGGAAGGGUUGUUUUCCCAAUGGGCAAGGAGAAAUUAAAUAUCUAUACUUCUUCUUCUUCUUCUUCUUCUUCUUCAUUUAUUACAAGAAUUUAUUUAAAAAGUGGUAAAAAGAAAAGAAAAAGAAAAACAUGAAUGAAAAUAAAAAAACAGCAACAAUUUGUUGUUGACAAAGAACAGCUGGAUAUAUAAAGGGCCUCAUCAAACCUAAAUCCGGCCCUGGCUGCACCCCUUUUUGAUGAAGUAUGGAAAUACUGGUUUUCCAGUGCUGUUUUGACAUGAGUGCUGUGGGUGCCAGCCUAAAAUGACUGCCCUGGGCAGCAAAAAAAGAAAGAGGUUCUUGUACUCCAGGAGUACCCACUACAAAGGCCCACUAAUCUGCUUCUACCAUAUCUUUUGCUGUAGUUUCGUCAUUCAGUACCUUGGAAUCUACGAUCCAGUCGAUGCCCUCGAUCUAUUCAGAGAUGGGGACCUUAUCAGAUCUUGACAUCAUCGUUAAUAUGAUGGAAACACCUAAUUGUGAAGAACAGGUACAAAUUUCCCCUUCCUUCCUUCCUUCCUUCCUUCCUUCCUUCCUUCCUUCCUUCCUUCCUGCUUUUGAAGCAAAACUUGUGUUUGCAGGAUCCUGAGCACAUGGUCACUCCCACACCAUGCACUGAAUGAUGAUGAUGAUUUUAUUAUGUAUAUCCCACCCGCCUGGCUGGCUUUCCCCAGCCACUCUGGGCAGCUUACAGAACACACACAAAAUUGUAAAAUGUACACAACUGUCAUAGACAGGUGACUGCAAUUAUUGAUUUCAUAUAUAUAUAUAUAUAUAUAUAUAUAUAUAUAUAUAUAUAUGAAGAGUUUGGAUUUGAUAUCCCGCCUUUCACUCCCUUUAAGGAGUCUCCCUUUAAGGAGUCUCCUUUUAAGGAGUCUCAGUGAUAUAUCAGAAAAAAUAGCAAUCUGGGGAAAACCCAAAUUCCUGUUAGCUCCAUUUGAGCACUAAAGAGCAGUACUCUUAAACCACUUUAACAAUCGUGGCUUUCUCCCAAAGAAUCCUGGGAAUUUCUUAAGGGUGACAACUUCAUGGAGUUAAUAAAAACUUACCAGUAAGAAAGACCACCAGGAUAAAAUACUGUUUUCAUUUCCCAUCAACCCAUCCCUUGCAUCAGAAAUAUCCCAGAACCCUUAAGAAACUGUGAAAGUGGUGAAGCAUAAAACCUAAGACAGAUAUUGGGAAGCUUUGGUCCCCCCAAAUGUUGCUGAACUAUAUUUCCUGGCCAUUGACUAUGCUUGCUGGGACUGGUGGAAGUUGAAGUUGAGUCUUGAGGGCUGCAUAAAAUGUAGCUAAGCAAAAAAUUGAAACAAGGAUGCGCUGUCCAGACAUAUUGCUACUCUCUCUGAUAGUGACUCCAGGAGCUCAGUGCCAACAACACUGCAGCUGAAAUGGAGCCGCUAAAAAAAGGAAGGGGGUGUCUACACAUUCUCAGGGGGACUCUGAGAAUUUCAGGUUAUGCCCAGUAACCCAGGAAUGCCGAGAGCUUGGCAAGGUGGGGAGGGCAGUAACUCAAGGUGGAGACAGAACAGCUUGCUGGAGAACGCAUGGCUGGCUCCAUUAGGAAUCAUAGAAUCAUAGAGUUGGAAGAGACCACAAGGGCCAUCGAGUCCAACCCCCUGCCAAGCAGGAAACACCAUCAGAGCACUCCUGACAUAUGGUUGUCAAGCCUCUGCUUAAAGACCUCCAAAGAAGGAGACUCCACCACACUCCUUGGCAGCAAAUUCCACUGUCAAACAGCUCUUACUGUCAGGAAGUUCUUCCUAAUGUUUAGGUGGAAUCUUAUUUCUUGUAGUUUGGAUCCAUUGCUCCGUGUCCGCUUCUCUGGAGCAGCAGAAAACAACCUUUCUCCCUCCUCUAUGUGACAUCCUUUUCUAUAUUUGAACAUGGCUAUCAUAUCACCCCUUAACUUCCUCUUCUCCAGGCUAAACAUGCCCAGCUCCCUUAGCCGUUCCUCAUAAGGCAUCGUUUCCAGGCCUUUGACCAUUUUGGUUGCCCUCCUCUGGACACGUUCCAGUUUGCACUCCCAUUAGGAGGUGAGAGUACAGUGCAAUAUUUUAUUGCAGGCUCUGCUUCUCAUUAUAUAUUGUGGAAAUGCAAUGUAUCAAAGGACAGGUUUUAUAGUGAGGGGGGAGGAGAACUGAGGGGGGGGGGAAUCGCAUCUGGCAACCAAAGCACCCCUUUGGUUUCAGGUAGUACAUGGGUAGACAAGUCUAAAAAGCCCAUGGCACACAUUUUCACAGCCCUCCAGCAUAGAGCUUUCCAAGUUGUGUAUCGCAACACAUUGGUUUGUCAGCUGCAGUGAGCAGGUGUGUCGUGCGAACGCUCCCCACACUCCUCCUGGGGCUGGAAAGGGGUUAGUUUAAGCUCCGGUUUGCUAGUGAAACUGAAUUACUGUGUCAUAAAAUGAUGCAUGUCUAAAAGGUGUGUCGCCAACAUGAAAACUUUGGAAAGCUCUGCUCUAGUGGCUACGGUGGCUCAUUUAUACUGGAUUCUGACCAAACUAAGCCUCCUGGUGUAUAUUUUGCUUUAGGAAGCUUAGUUUGGUCAGAAUUGAGUAACAGCAACUCAGCUGUUGGGUGGUCAGGUGGCAGCUGUUGCUUACCAUGCCAGCAGCUCCUGGUUCAGGCUGCAAUUGCCAUAGUUUACAUAGCCAAAACAGCAUCAUCCACAAAGAAGUUAGCCCCAACAUUUGCCAAAGUACAAAAAAAAGGUUUUACAAAAACACACACACCCUAAGGCAGGCUUCCUCAAACUCGGCCCUCCAGAUGUUUUUGACCUACAACUCCCAUGAUCCCUAGCUAGCAGGACCAGUGGUCAGGGAUGAUGGGAAUUGUAGUCUCAAAACAUCUGGAGGGCUGAGUUUGAGGAAGCCUGCCCUAAGGGGAUCCCCCUACUCAAAAAAAACCAGCCCAAUAAGGAUACAGCAUGCUCAGUGGCCAUGGAAUGAUGAUGGAGAUUUGUGGGUGGAGGAAAUGGAAAAUGGGAGAAGGGGAAUGGAAUGGAGUGGGGUGGUGGGAAUGCUGGACAGUGUCACUCUGCGCUGCAAGACUUUGUUGCCGUUCCCACAUAGGAGUAGGGGCAGCUUGAAUGAAUAAUAUUUUCCAGAGUAUCCUGGACAACAAUGAGGAGAAAAUUAGCUUCCUCCGUGCCCUUUCUGCUAGUUGCAUGGCUGCGCAGAAAAGUGGCAAGGACACCUUGGAUCUCCCAUACACAAAGAAUGAAUUGGUGGAAGCACUUCUGGUAAGUGAGAUAUCUGGCACCAGGAAUCCUGUGGGGCAGAUGGGCAGCUUAAGCAUGGGGGGGGUGGACUCAAUGUUGAGGAGUACAGAAGAACCCAGGGGAAGGGAGGAGAUGUGGCUGUGGCAGAAAGGAGAGAAGUGUGCAGCCAUAUUAGAACAGGAUGGCCAGAUCUAUUGUAAAUAAUAAUAAUAAUAACAAUGAUAUCCUGAAGGUGUAAUGUCGGCUUGGAGGUUUGGGGAAGACGACUAGAUGGGGAAAAGCGACAAAUACAGCUGAGCAGUGGUGUAGCAUGAGGAAACCAUAGCGGCAGUUGCCCCGGGUGCAAGAUUGUUAUUGGGUGCAAAAUUUCAACACCCGGUGCUGCUUCGAUGCAGCUGUUUACUUCCAUCACUGGUCUCCAUUGAAAACAGUUUCUCCAUGCAAACCAGGAAGUGACCUCUCCAGACAAUGGAACAACUCUUAUUUUCUUAUCUCUGUGGCUAUAAUCUCCUGGGUGGCGCAGAUACCAUUAGGCAGUUGAAUGUGCAUGUGUAUUCCAUUUGUUGCCCUCUGCAUGGCCCCAGGCGCUGGCAACCCCUGCUACACCACUGCAGCUGAGUAAUAGAACCUGGGAGGAAAGUGUUACACAGCAAUGACUAUCCCCUUUCGUCCUACAUGUACCACUCACUCCCAGAUGGUGAUGGAGACACUGCCUGUUCACUCUGUGCCAUCGUUCCUCCUGUCCUGCUCAAUGCUCACGGUCUACAACCUCAGGUACCAAGUCAACCUAUGACAAUGACAUCCAGACUGGCUCUAGCACUGGUAUUUCUCAACUACAUCAUUGGGGAAGGGGGUUUUUUCCCCAGUUGCAUUUCUCACCUCCCACACCACUGCCGGAAUAAACCCAGAAAUCCUCAGCUCCACCUCAAACUACAUUUCACACAAACUUCUAUUAUUCCCUCCUGUUUGUUUUAAAAACCAAAUGGGUUUCUGGUUGUUAAGGGUGCUGGGAAUUGUAGCUCUGUGAGGGGUAAACUACUGUUUGGGGAAACCCAUGUGUUUUAAAUGUGCAUUAAAUAUAUGGUACUGAUGUGGCUAUGUGCUUCUCUUCAUUGCUUCCUCUUUCAGUCAGUGUCCCUUGUGACUUCUUUUGGUUUGUACCAUCACUGUUAUACUGAUGAUAUUCAGUUCAGAUUUUCCCAUGCCUUUUCUUGCUUUGUUAUGGUCAUGCUCCAGACUCCUCUUGGAUGAUAAUCUUUAAACUACAAAUGUGCACUAGAUUAAAUUAUUUUUUCUUAAACCCAAGCCCUUUGUUUUGUCUGCUCCUCUUACUUUCUUCCAAGGGCGCUACUCUAAAUUCUUCUUUGCAACUCUAAAGUUUUCUCCUAUAGCUCAUAUUCCCAAUCUAGACAAAUCCUGUUGAUUUAGAAUGCUGCUUAGGGAUGUCGGUUUUUGGCGCCUGCAACAUGGGUGCCUCAUUUAGAAUGCUUGAAAGCAGGACUGUGCUUAUCCGGGUUCUGCAAACUGCCUCCUUCCCCAGCCCAUGACACCACAGCAACUUAUCUCAGGGCAGGAGACAGGCAGAGAAAACUUCAGGCACUUCCAAUCCAUAGGAUCCUCAGCCAGGAAAGUGGUGCUCAGCAUAUAGUUCUCAUUAAGGAGAAAACCCCACAUACCUUUUUCUUUUCUUUUUUUUUUUAAAUGAUAUUUAUUGAGAAUUUUAAAAUUACAAACAAAACAAAGAGAAAAAGAAGGAAAAAACAAAGAAAGAACAAAUAGCAAUUAAACAAUACAAAUCGAUAAAAGUCAAAGUCAAAAAACAAAAACAAAACACAUAACACAUCAAAGUCAAAAAGCAAAAAUAAGCCAAAAAAAUAUAUAUUUAAAAACAGAUCCAGUAUUCCAAAUCCUUAACUUUCAUUACCUUAUUUCAUCGACCUCCUCACACCUCCCUUUUUUGUAUUCUAGUUGUUGAUUAUCACAGCAAAUCCUUUCCAUUUUUCAUAAUAUUCUGUCAUUAAAUUACCUUAAUCUAUUUUAAACUUAUCUUACCAUAAAAAACCCUAAAACUUAAAACUUAAAUCUUAUUUAUACCAAUUUCUCAUAACCGUAGCAUAUUCUUACAUAAUUCUUUUUAACAUUUCUGCUAAAGCCAAAUAAUUUCAUUCCAACAUUUUUCUAAUACUCAUUAAUUUUACAAAACAUUCCUAAGUAAAAUAAACUUUCUUCCAAUCUUCAUCCAACGUCUCUUCCUCCUGGUCUCGGGUUUUGUCAGUCCUUUCUAUCCCAUCCAUCUAGUUCAUUAACCUGGUAACCUUAUGUCCGAGGCCCUUAAGUCUCUUCCAUGUCCCUUCUGCAGAUCUUCUUCAUAUUUAUACCUGUACUUUACUUUGUCUUCUGCUCCUUUCACUCGUGGAGACUCCAGCUUGGCAAUAUUUUUGUCCCUUCUCGACAGAUCAGCCCCUUUUCCAUAGUCAACACUAAACUCCAUGUGGUAUUUAAAAGCAUGUUUCAAAGUCCCUCCAAAGUUAAGGACCCCCACAACUCCGAACUCCUCCCGGCCCAAAGCUAGACUUGAAAAGUCAAAACAUCCCUGCAUAGGGGGGUCUAUCCAGCCCCCCAUUUCCAAGCCAAGCAAGACUCUAUCUCUCCAAAUCUGGCUUUUUCCAGGUUCAUUCGUCAGAUCCAACAACUCAUGUUGCUGCUGGGCCACAGUUCCCUCCAUCUCUGCCUCCCGAGGUCCAGCCACAACCUCCUCCCUCAUCUGAUCUGUCAGAGCACACUCCUGGAUUAAUUCCUGAGUGGGUUCUAUAUAGAUACCCACUACCUGUCCAAAAUUUCCGAUCGCAACAGUCAUCAAAUCCGUCUUCUCAUGUAACUGUUCCAAUAAAGCACUUGUCUUACAGAAAGCACGCACCAGAGCCUCCGAGUACAUUCUUGUGCAAGGUCAAAGUCUGAUCCCACGAUCUUAAUCUAUUGCAGCUGCAAAGCUCCCUAGUUCAGAUUUAAUAACAGUUUCACAAGCUCCCUCUAGGGGAAAAGCUUCUAUUUGUAUCCAUCUCUUUUUUUUAUAUAUAGCAGAUCUAACAACAAAGUUUCCUUUUUCAGAUAUUUUGUCAAUAUUUUGUUCCUUUUAGAUGCGAAGGGGAACAAUGGAGUCACUAUGUUUCUCUUCUUUUAACUGUCUGUCAAAAACGUUUGUCUAUAGUCAAUGAACUUCCCGAGGACGUCUGUCCUGACACCCCGCUCCCAGGUUCAAGACGGUGGAAAAUUACUUUUCUUUACACUCUCUUCUGCAGGUUUAAACAGUCCAGAAAAAAUCCCCCCUCUUCUCCUGCUUCCAAGGGGGGUUCAGUAAUUUUAGAUGAUGAAAAUUGAUCCUUUACAGACAAUUUUCUUAACUCUAGCUUGCCGUGUCUUUGCUUUAAUCUAUCUACAAAAAGUGGAAGGCUGACUUCCUGUUUAGACCUUCCCACUUCAGCGCUAAAUUAGAAGAAAUUUCUUAAUCCAAUUUUCCGUUCUACUCACGGGUCGUUGUUUAGAGUCCAAUUGUCCACAGGAAAAAGUCAGCGCUCUCCGGCAACAGCCAUGCGGCUUCACUCCGUGAAAGAAGCAGUCGAUUCAAGGCACCACGCCGCUCACCCCACGUCGCUCCGGAUCCCCGAAACUGGGUCUCCCCGCGAGUAGGGGGGCGCAAAAGGUGCCAACCGAAUCCCACGUCCACAGGCUUCUCCCGCUUGUGGUUUUUAAUGGAUCUCCGCCUCGCCGUGGCGGUUCAGACCCUUUUUUCCACGGAGCGGAUUCCUCCCGAUCGGAGGAAAUCCGCCAUUGCCAGAGGCGCCAACCCGGAAGUCCCCCCACAUACCUUUUUCUUGGACAUAGCUCAGCUGGUUAGAGCGCUGUGCUGAUAAUGCCAAGGUUGCAGGUUCGAUCCCUGUAUUGGAUAGCUGCAUAUUCCUGCAUUCAAGGACUAGACCAGGGGUUGUCAACCUGGUCCCUACUGCCCACUAGUGGGUGUUUCAGGAUUCUAGGUGGGCAGUAGGGGGUUCUACGGCACAAGCUGAAUCUUGCUUCCAUCGAGCACUGGUGGGCGGUAAGGAAAUUUUAGCAUCCAGAAAGAUGCAUUAGUGGGCGGUAGGUAUAAAAAGGUUGGCUACCCCUGGACUAGAGGAUCCUCAGGGUCCCUUCCAACUCUACAGUUCUCUGCUUCUCAGUGGGAUUUGCAGACAGAGCAUCAUGAUCUCUGGUGAGAGGGCAGAAACUUGCCAUUUCCAGGCAUGUGCAGCAUCUACAUGACAUUGUUGGCUUAUUUAGGAGAACAUGGAGGAAAAGACUCCAUGGAGGAAAGAGGUGCCCCCCCCACUUUUAAAGGGAGAACAGAAUUUGCAUUUUUCUCUAUUUCACAGCCCCUCCUCUCAACCAGCAUAAUAACCAGUUGCUUUUCCUUUGGUCCUGCCAGCAAAAUGAAGCCCCCAUUUGAUCCUGAGCAACUGUCUGGUAUCUUGCGGCUGGCUCUCCAUGGCAUUUUCAACAUGGAAACAGAUUUGGAAAAUCCUCACAGCCAGGUAAAUUCAGGGUUUCUUAUAAAUACUGGGGAAAGAGAAUAUUCUCUUUCUGGCUCUGUGGUGCACCGUCCCUUUAGUUUUGCUCAUAUUGCUGAGAGACAGUCCAUCCUCAGGGCUACAGCAGGCAGGUGUAAGUAUCAGAAAAAUAAGGAUGGGGAGUUGUUUGGCUGCAUCACACAUUCCAUCUUGUUACUGAGCUACACGGUUUUCUGUAGCCUAUCUGCAUAUAUUUUUCCACUUGAACUGCUGCAGACUUCUCAUUUUUUGCGUCUCAUGACAUUUGAGCCCACUGGGUAGGCAAACUAAGGCCCGGAGCCUGGAUUUGGCCCAAUCGCCUUCUAAAUCUGGCCUGCGGACGAUCCGGGAACCAGUGUGUUUUUACAUGAGUAGAAUGUGUGCUUUUAUUUAAAAUGUGUCUCUGGGUUAUUUGUGGGGCACAGGAAUUUGUUCAUCCCCCAAAAAAAUAUAUAGUCUGGCCCCCCACAAGGUCUGAGGGACAGUGGACUGGUCCCCUGCUGAAAAAUUUUGCUGACCCCUGAUCUGGGUUAUACCUCCACUGCUGAAGCCAGUGCGCCUCUGAGUACCAGUUUCUGGGAGGAACAAUGCUACACUAAGGUCCUUCUUGUGGGUGUCCCAUAGGCAUCUGGUUGGGAAGAGGAUGCCAGACUAGGUGGACCUUUGGUCUUCUCCAUCAGAACGCAUCUUAUGUUCUUACCUGCCAACUGAGGACAACCUUUCAAGUAUCUGAUGAAGUGGAACUCUGGUCCACAAAAGCCACAGGACUCUGUUGUUUCCCCUGCAACAGACUUAACAUGGGCACUCCUCAGGAAGUGGCAGUCUGAUUGUCAUCUUAUUUGUUAGUGGGCAAAGGAAUUCAGCCUCUACACCAGGAGUGGCUAACCUAUGGUCCUCCAGAUCAUCUUUGUUGGACUACAACUCCCAACGUUCCUCGCCAUUGUUCAUGCAGGCUGGGAAUGAUGGGAGUUGAAGUUCAGCAACAUCUAGAGGGACACAGGUUCCCCACUCCUGCUCUACAAAUGAGCCCAGGGUUUGCCAAACUUGGGUCUCCAGCUGUUUUUUGGAUACAGUUCCCAGAAUCCCUGACAACUGGUCCUGCUAGCUAGGGAUGAUGGGGGCUGUAGUCCAAAAACAGCUGAAAACCCAAGUUUGCAAAACCCUGCACUAGCCUUUGGCUCUCUUUCCCUUCAGGCUCUCUACCAGUCGUCUGCAGACACAAUGGAGAUCAUGCUGAAGGGCUUGCUGUCUGAGGUUCCAACUACAAGCCACCUGCUGUUUAUUUUGAAGGUGAGUGGGUUAAAGGGAAGAGAGUGGCACUUUAUCUUGCCACUUAUACGAUGGAGAAUCUGGCAGGGAAAGCAUUUAUGAAUAUUUGCUUAAUGUAUUUAUAGCCAGCUGUUCAUUGUUCACAUAAAUCCCAGAGAAAGAGAGAACGAGAACACAAUAAACAAUGUUUCAUGUAAAUACAUCUCAUGGGAAUAUAGUUUUCAUUGUAGUAGGCAUUAUUUGAGUCAGCAGCAUCACCCGCCAGGCAACAGUAUAGCAACAUGGCUCAAGUCGCAGUGGUGUCCAAACUUUUUUCAAAGAGGGCCAGAUUUGAUGAAGUGAAGGGCCAUGAGAGCCGACCAAAGGGCUGACCAAAGUUGUCAACCUUUAUGAUUUUACCCCAAAGUUGUUGCGCUUUUUUUAGGGGCUGGGUUAAACUGACCAGCGUGCUGGAUUAGCCCCCGAAAUGGACUUUGGACCUGGCUGGCUUAAGGGAUGCAACAAACCAGCAUCAGCUUGACGAAUGCAGAGUCCAUUUAUAAUUUUUCAGGAUCAAAUGACAGGGCAGAGAGGAAGAAGAGAUGUUUGUGGGGACACAGUUGUCAAUGUGUGGUGUGUAAGUCUCAGGCCAGGUGUUGCAGUCAUUCUGAGCUGCUGCUUGCUUCCUCAGCACAUCAACUUCUGGAUUCAUUCCAACGAUCCCCAAGAGAGGUAUAGGUCUGUCCUCUGCAGCACCACUGUGUUGCGACAUGCUCUUCUGCUGCCAGAUUUCAACGUGAGUACCCCCAGAACCUGGCUCAAUACGGCAGCCCCGAUUAGGAGAUAUGAGUUUGAUGUUUUAUUAUGCUUUUAUAUUUGUUCGAAGCUGUCCAGAGUGGCUGGGGCAACCCAGACAGAUGGGUGGGGUACAAGUAAUAAAAUGAUUAUUAUAUUAUUAUAAGUACUAGGCGAAGCGGAUCCAACCUGUCAUUUCCCCUUCUCCAUGUUCAUGGGAAUGUGUCCACAGCAAGGAUUCCUGCUAAGGACCUGUCUUCCUCACAGGCUAGGGUAAUAAUAAUAAUUAUUAUUAUUAUUAUUAUUUAUUUAUACCCCACCAUCUGGCUGGGCUUCCCCAGCCACUCUGGGCGGCUUCCAACAAAAUAUUAAAAUACAGUAAUGCAUCAAACAUUAAAAGCUUCCCUAAACAGGGCUGCCUUCAGAUGUCUUCUAAAAGUCUGGUAGUUGUUGUUCUCUUUGACAUCUGGUGGGAGGGCGUUCCACAGGGCGGGUGCCACUACCAAGAAGGCCCUCUGCCUGGUUCCCUGUAACUUGGCUUCUCGCAGUGAGGGAACCACCAGAAGGCCCUCGGCGCUGGACCUCAGUGUCCGGGUAGAAUGAUGGGGGUGGAGACGCUCUUUCAGAUAUACUGGACUGAGGAUGUGAAGAGUAGAGCUCAGUUGAAACAAGGGGAGAAGCAGACCACAAAAUAUGGGUGGAGAUCUCUGUUGUCUUCUGUCCCUGCAGAAGUCUACUGAGCUUCCUGCCUUGGGACACCACGUGGCACAGUUUGGAAUCUGUAUCACAGAUACGAUGGAAGAUGUGAGCAACCAGGCCAGGUUGACCAUCAGCUGCCUUUAUGAGCUGCUCCUCGAUCAGAUGGGUAAGUUGGUUUGAAAACAUGAGACCAGCAGCCCCUUGUUGGGAGGCCACAUAUGGCUUCCAAUGACUGAUAAUACAGUGUCAUUAAAAUCCAUAUACAGUGUCUCAUCCCUUUAGAACAUUUUCCAUUAAGGAUGUAUCUCCUCAAGAUGUUUCAAAGCGAGUUGGAGAUGCAUCUGAACCAUGGACAUUUUUAUAUCAUAAUUUCGUUAUAAAUCAUAAGUGUUGUGUGUAUUGCAAUUUUAUGUUGUGAACUGCCUUGAGAUCAACAGGUGAAGGGUGGUGUGCAAAUUUUACACACACACUGACCUAGUCAAGGCUACUCAAAUUAUUUUGACAUUAGAGGCUGAAAAUCCCACAACUCUGUCUUCCUAGGAGUUAAAAGCACAAGUUGUGGUAAAUUAAAUAGCUCGCAGUUUCAUGACACCCACUAUCAGUUGCCUUGGUGACCCCCUCAUUCUUCUUAAUAUUAGGACCUGUUUCUAACCCUAAGCCUGCCCCUACCUUCACCUAUCCUACCUUCACCUACCUGUGCUUAAGGUAGGGCAGUGCAUGCUUAUCACAUCUUAUAAACUCUUUCCAGGCUUAUUGUUUCAGCACUGUAAAGGUAAAGGUACCCCUGACCAUUCAGUCCAGUCGUGGACGACUCUGGGGUUGCGCGCUCAUCUCGCUCUAUAGGCCGAGGGAGCCGGCGUUUGCCCACAGACAGCUUCCGGGUCAUGCGGCCAGCAUGACUAAGCCACUUCUGACAAACCAGAGCAGCACACGGAAACACCGUUUACCUUUCCGCCGGAGCGGUACCUAUUUAUUUACUUGCACUUGAAGUGCUUUCAAACUGCUAGGUGGGCAGGAGCUGGGACUGAACAACAGGAGCUCACCCUCUUGUGGGGAUUCAAACUGCUGACCAGCAAGCCCUAGACUCAGUGGUUUAGAUCACAGCGCCACCUGUGUCCCAUUCAGCACUGUAGCAUUGAGCUAAUCUCCUCACCCAUGCUGAAAGGUGUCAUUGUUCUAGUUUCUCUUAACUUGUAUAGAUCCCAGAGGCCAAAGUAUCCCACAGGGAUUAGGACUUAACUGAGAAAUGAUCUCCCUGCUUUUCACAUAUUAAUUCUUCUACAAGAAAGCUGAUACCUGCAAAAAACACACACACAAAAACCCAAAAACCUGGCAGCCUGCUCACUGUUGUGUUUCAUGCUGUCCUCGUCUUCUCCCAUAGGCCACACUCCAUAUAUAAACAUAAGCGUAGCAAUUAAGGCCACAAAGUAUUUGACAUACCUUCUCCUAACACAGAUGCAAAUCUUUAUUUCUCAAGUCUUGCUUCGGACCACUGCAGGAACAAGUGGGAUUGGACAAAUUCCCUUGUGGGGAAAUCUUAGGAUACCUCACAAUCCUUACACAGAUAGCAGUUAUCUUCCGAAGGGGACAGAAAGAUCCCAGGUCGUAAUGUCAAAGAGACCCAUUACAUAGACAGAAACAGAGGUACUUCUGCUGUCUCCCUGUCAGGGCUGAGCGUGAGUGAGGCUGAAGAACUGUGGUGCCACAGUUACGAAGACCAGAAAAUGCUGGCUUACGUGGAUUCCUGCAGGGUGGGUGAGGUAAGAACAUACCUCUGAGGCAGCAUUAAAUAUGGACAAAUUCACACCCAAUGGAAAUGCCUCAUGCUUUUCCAGAAUUAGGCUGGUGUAGAAGAGGCUCAUCCAUAAUUCCACUUUCCCCUGGGGAAAACCCGCUCUUUGCAGCUGAAUCGGAACAAACAUCAAUCGAGUUUUCGGUGAUUGAUAUUUGCCCUGAUUCAUCGCUAAAGAGUGGGUUUUCCCUGGGAAAGCCACAGGGCAAUGGGAAACCACUCGGACCCAUUCUAAGAAUGCAUAGGACAAGCUGAAGACCACUCAGACCCAUGCUUUCUAGACUCAGGACAAGCCCAAGUGUGGACAAGCCCUCAGUAUCGGUGGUGCUGAUAACAGAGCCCUCUGACCACAGCACCAUUCCUUUCAAGAAUGGUGUUGGUGGCCCUAUGCCAUAGUUUCCCAAACUUGGGUCACCAGCUGUUUUUGGACUAUAACUCACACCACCCCUCAUUAGCAGGAAUGAUGGGAACUAUAGUCCAAAAACAGCUGGAGGAUCAAGUUUGGGAAACCCUGACCCCUGCCUACCACUUUGGCAGCAAAAUGGGGCCACCAUGGGCAAGACGAUGGUUUAUGCACACUUGAGGGACUCUCUAGAUAUGUAGAAAUGUAUCUGUUUACAACCUGAAAGGGAGAGAGGGAGACUUCAUUUUAACUGGGCAUGCUUAGUAGCACCCAGGGCCCACCAGGUUUUGUGGGUUCUGGUUGUGGGGAGGAAAGAAAGGGAAAGGGAGUUAGCCUGCUUGAAAUAGAAACAUGGCACCUAAUCCCUUCCCCACGCUUUAGAAACCUACCCCACCUUUACAAGCUUGAGCAAUAAUAUACUCAGAUUUGAAAUUAGCAGCCAUCCUUAAACCAAAGCUCUUCAGACUUGUUUGGAAGAAUGGGGUAAGUUCUGCCGAGGAUGGGGGUUAGGAGAGAAAGAAGUAUGUCUUUUUCUUCCUUUCUUCUCACGAGCAAGCCCAACCAGUGCUACACAGCUCCUAAUUCCAGGUUGGGUGGAGCCCUUCACAGGAGGACUCCUAUGAAGGACACCAGAUCCCACCAGAGAACCUUUCUAUUCAUGAUUAUUUGUGCUCAUGAAGCUAUUGGGGUGGUGACACAUAAUCCUGCUUGAAGGACUGUUUGCAACUGCAAAAGUUUUGGGGGUAGUCACACUGCCCAUUUCCAGUCAGCGCACACCCCACAAUGUCUUGCUGAAAUUCCAUAGCUUUCUAUACCACAACUGUCCUGGUUUCUUGUUGUCCUGCUUUUGUUGCUCGACAGCAAUCAUGUAGUGGCACUGAGGAAGCAUCGCAGAGCAAGUUAAAGCAGAAUAAACCCACCUCCCAUGUCAAGAAUAAUAUGUCGCAGAACACAACCACAAUGACACCCAUUUGGAGGGGCCUUAGGAAAAGAAGACACUGUAACUUUUGUUAUAGAUCUCCACUUGUUCCAUUCAAAUGUACACACACACACACACACACACACACACAUAUAUAUACAUAUAUACACAUAAAUAUAUACAUGUACUUCUGCCACACUAUCUUUAAAAUGUGGACAUUUUUUAUUUUAGCUGUUCAGAAACAUCUUCACAGAAGAUCAGAAGAGAACCUUUCUGGAGACAUCUUUGCGGGCCAUUUAUAAUCCUGAGCUAAGGAUAAGAGAGGCUGGGAUCCUCCUAGUGUUUUCCCACCUGGGGAAGGCCAAUGAGAUAAUGGCGGAUAAGGUGAGCUACCAAGAUAGGCUUCCAAACAUCAGAAACUGCUUUACCACCAAGACAUCAGUUGGGCCCUGGGUAUCCGCAGUCGUGGGUGCAAGAUGGUGCCACUGCUGGCUGGACUGUAGGCUACUAGGGUGUAUGAGGUGUUAGGGGAGGGGCAGUACCUCUGGUGGGUGACGCACCUUCUUCUGGGGUACAAUGUCCACUUUUGGUCCCCACCCUGAACUCAGCUCUUACCGGUGGCUCCUAGAAGCUGUCAGCAUGCGACAGUGGCCACAUCCCAGAAAAUAGAUUUGACUGGCUGGCUAAACCAGGUGAGGAUAGCCAACAGGUCUCAAAUCAUUAGUGAGUUAGGGACUUCCCCUGCAUGUGAACACAUUCUCUGGCAGAUUGAGUGGAUGAGACCAAUAGUUGGUCCAGCGGUCAAGAAAGUAGUUUCUGCAUGUGCUGUAGAGGGAAGUGAAGAACAGAUGAGGCUCAUCCACCUGGGGAGAGGGGCCAUCUAGGAGAGGCUUCCUCAACCUCGGCCCUCCAGAUGUUUUGAGACUACAGUUCCCAGCAUCCCUGACCACUGGUCCUUCUAGCUAGGGAUCAUGGGAGUUGUAGGCCAAAAACAUCUGGAGGGCCGAGGUUGAGGAAGCCUGAUCUAGGAGAAGGAAAACUCUGAUCUUCUGCUGCCUUGCAAGAUAUUUUUGGGAGAAGAAAAGGUUAAGGAGUAAACUCUACACAAAUGCAGAGUGGAGUCCCUAAGAUGGUUAGAUGGCACCUUGUACGUCUCCCUCUGGCAACUCCUACAGCCAAUGUUUUGCUCUGCUUUCCUUUGGACCACAUCAGCAAGCAUGAGGUCUUAUCAUCUGGCCCCGGCUUGCACCUUGAGGAGGUCAUUUCAGUGCUGCUAGCUCAACUGUUUGACUUCACCCCCAAAGGCGCACUCCUGCAGACCCAUCUGUUGCCCCACCCACUCUUGGCCCCAGGAAGGUUGUCUCUGAGGCAAUGUGGCCCUCAGGCUGAAAAAGAUUCCCCACUCAAAGCAGGAGAAAAGAGAUCUCACGUCAGAGCAGAGAAACCUGACCCUUUUCUGCCCAAAGGUAGCCUGAUGCUUGCCGUUGUUUCAUCUUUCCAGGCAGAAGACGUAGCGGAGAAGAUCUACCAGCAGAUCUACAAGCUGCAGAUACUCAGAGAGGUGCCAGAAGCAUUGCAAUGCUUCUUUCCAAGCAGAGGUAAUGCUGUCAGACUCAAGAGAGAAGAACAGAGCAUGUACUUAGCUUGGAAGGUUCCAGGUUUAGCACUCCAACCCCCAAUAUUUCCAGUUAAAAGAGUUUGAUAGUAGAUAAUGGGAACGGCCUCUCUCUGCACAAGAGCUUGGAGGCCUGGUGGCCUUCAAAGUAGAUUACACUGUGUUACCUAAGCAAAUAUUAUUGCCUGGUAAACAGCAGUUUCCAGUCCAUAAUUGGGAAAUGGGAAAGGACAAUGUCAAGCUAAGAGAAUAACAUGAUAGUUUAGUCGUGCAGUUGGGAUUUAAGGUCUGCUUGGACUUCAGUGAGCUGUGCUUAUGCAGCAAGGAUUCAACAAGACACCCAGAAUUAAACAGGGGCAGCAAAAGGUUGACAUUUACACAUAGGGAUACUAAUUUUUAUGAAGCUUCAUUGCAUUUGAGAGCCUAACUACAUGUGAAGCUGAAUGAGCUGCUAGCAGUCACAUCAGCAUUGCUGUUUUCUGUUAAUCAACCAGGGUGGAGGGCUUACUGCAAAUUUAUUAUGCUGUUUUUGCAAUAUAGGAGGCUGUCUAAAUUGUGUAUUGCUUUGUAAUGAUCUGUUGGGUAGCUGGACUGUAAUAAAGAUUGAAUUGAAUUGAAUAUAGAAAUGACACAAGAAAACUUGUUCUGCUUAUUUGUAUCAUUUAUUAUUCCCAUAAUCCUUGUUUGUGGCUGGGGAAACCCUGUCAGAUGGGGGGAUAGAAAUAAUAAAAUUAUUAUUAUUAUUAUUAUUAUUAUUAUUCCCAAUAAAAGUUAUUCCCCCCCCCCCAAAAAAGCAAGUGUGGGGGCAAUUUUCAUCAGGACUGCAAUGUAUAGUGGAGGAGAUGUUGAACCCUUUCCCCCCAGCUGCAAAAUUUGCACAUAUAUACAGACUGGGGCCCCCCGACAUGUGUACACACACACACACACACACACACACACACACACUGCAAUAGGAAAAGUGUGUCCACUGAUCCCAGUGUUACAAACUGUACAUUUUAAUGUACUGUAAUUGCCCCUAGAACUACAUCAAAAUUUCAGUAGAAUGGAAAUAAUUCUUCUUUCUUAUAAAAGACCUGCAGCAGGGAUGGGGAAGAUGUCACCCUCCCAAUGUUAUCUGACUACAGUUGCUAUCAUCCUUGAUGCCUGGGUUAGAUAGACAGAUAAACUUUAUUCGCAUUAGCCAACGGCCAUAGCAACAUAAAACAAACAAUAUAUACAAUUAACAAUGGGUAAAAAGGGCAAUCAAAUGACCAAGAUUAUCGUUCAGAUAGUGGCCCUUAAUCUCAUUGCACCCUCGAUAAACCUAGCAACCUUUGCUGUUGUCUGAUCAUUUUGGUCUGAUAAAAGAAAGGACAAUGUGGCCGCAGAUGGUAAGUAAGAGCGGGGUGAUGAUCUCAUUCCUCAGAUCUUUAUAAAGGAGGCAGGACAGGAGAACAUGAGCCACUGUUUCCAGAUUGCCAUCUCCACAGGGGCAGAGUCGUUUCUCAGUUGGAAUCUUUUGGUAUCUGCCCUCAAGCCUGGGUUUGAUGGGCAUUGUGGUCAGACAAGAGCUGGUGAGCCACGGGUCCCUCUGAGCCUGAACUUGCAGCCUCCCCUAAACAAUGCCGUCAUGCUUAUCAUCUUUAGUUAAAUCCUAGCUUGAAUAAUUAAGUCUCCCUGUUCUACUUGUUUUUCUGACCAGGUGAAAUGAUGCCCGAGAGUGAAAAGGAUGCGCCAUAAUAUUCCUUCAGGCAAGAAGGAGAGGACAGCAGCAGAUCAGACUUCUCCUCUGUGUGUUUUCAUUCGGCCUCUUCUGCAGAGCUGGUCUCUUCUUCAACCCCAACCACUGCGGCAGAAAGGCAAAGGCAGCUGCCUAGGAACCGAGAGGGACUCCAGGGAUGGCUUCUUCUCAGAACCAGUGUUGUACCGGAUCUCAGAGCAGCACUGGCUAGAAAAUACACUUGGGAGCUUUGGAGGGGGGGCAUAUCACUGGGCGCAGUGCCAACAGACAGAGGGCAGACAGAGAUGUGUGUACCUGCUGGGCACACACCCAUAAGUGAUCCCCAAAGCAUGACACAAACUACUUUUAUUUUAUUUUUACAAUUAACUGAGCAUUGCGAUUCUUUUCUCUUGCUGUGUAUUUUGCUGUGAAUUUUUUUUUUGCUUAGGCUGGAGUUUAUCUUGUGUUGCACUGAAUUGUUUUUUUGUGUGUAAGCCAGUUUGUGUUACUUUGCAGAACAGACAUGAUUAAAAUCAAACACUGGUUAAUAAUAACAAUAACAAUAACCAUGUGGUUCUACUCAAAAAAGAAAAAACACACACAUGUAAAAACAGCCCACUGCAGGGCAGGCAGGGGAAUAAGAAAACAGGUGUGAGUAUAUGAUAUAUUUAUUUUAUUUUAUUUAUAUUUAUAUUUACCCUAUGUUUGUCCUCGGUGGCCCUUCUCAGCAUGCGCCGUCACACUGGAGGUGUGUGUUGAGUGGGAGCAUGAAACACAGGCGGUGGUUCCCUGCUUGCAGAAUCCUCUCCCUAGGAAGGCAUGCCUGGUGCCAUCGUUAGCCAUUUAUAGGUGUCAGGCAUUAAAUAUGUUCGAAUUCAAUGGUGAGAGUAAGAACAAUAAAGCUGGCAGUUGAACCACAAUGCAGAGAGGCACAGGCUUGAUUUGCUUUCUGUGCUGGACCCAAAGCUAUGGCAUUGGGUGUUGCUGUCCCCACACUCCCCAAAAAGCCAAUGGAGGAGCAAGACCUGUUGGAGUGUUAAUGCCUGGAAACGUCAUCUUUUGCUCAACCUGUAUAUCAGACCCUUCCCCAAGGACUCAGCUAUACAGCUGCAAAUAUAACGUUUUAAGUGCAUUGUACAAAUGUGACACUAGAUGGUGAUGGUGAGCUUAUGGCAAAUUCAAUAUAUAUUUUAAAAACUUUUUUUUAAAAGCAUUUUCACAGCAUUUUUUAUAUGUGUCUAGAUUCCACCCAAGUGUCCCUAUUUUCCAGGGACAGCCCCAGAUUUACAGAAGCCGUCCCGGUUUCUGAUUUGAUCCUGGAAUGUCCCGCUUUUCCUUAGGACGUCUCUAUUUUCAUCAAAAGCGUGUUGGAGGGUAAGGAGUUAUGUGUCCCCCGAACCAAGGAAAUAAGUAAUUACACAACUUUUAGAAUACAUUUGAAGGCAGCCCUGUAUAGGAAAGUUAUUUAAUGCUUUUUUAUAUUUUUAUAUAUGUUGGAAGCUGCCCAGAGUGGUUGGGGCAAUCAAGCCAGAUAAAAUUAUUAUUAAUAAUAUUAUGGAAUAGGACAUCCCUAUUUUCAUCUGAGAAAUGUUGGAGGGUAUGUUGUGUGCGUGUAAAUAAAUGAUAUAUCACAAAGACACCACUGUUUCCAGUGACCUUCAUUUGAAGGAAGCCAAACCCAAGAUAUGCGGAGAACCUUUGGGAUCUUUCAGAGACUGGGUCGUGUGUAACACUCAUGUUCCUUUGUAUCCAUUGCCAUUUCCUGUGCUACUCACAGAAUGCUACAUUAACACCUCAAAAUGCAACACUGAAGCAAGUGGGGGCUAUUCUGGCAACA